AUGGCCAAGCUGCUGUCUAGUCAAGUCAAAGUCAAAGAUGGCAGCUACAGCUUCUCCUUGGAGUCGGUGAAGGUCCUGAAGAGGCUGAUGGAGGCGCAGGCCCGGGAGAUGGAGGUCAAGGCCCUGGCCAGCCCCCGCUUCGACCCAUUCCAUCACACGACGCCCGGGGCACAGCUCUGCAACAACCCCACCCUGCCGCAGGAGAUGAAGGCAGUGUGCAUGGAGCCCCAGUGUCAUGACCUCUUCGUCAGAUUCGUGGCUCUCAUCACUCCAUCAUCGGAUCCGUGCGAGAUCUGUGUCAGCCCGGCGUGUACCGGCUGCUAUUGA